ACCAUCUCUAGACUCUAUUGAUCAUCUCAUCUCACUACAUCCUAUUCCCUGCGAAUUAUUUCCCAACUUGACUUGAAAUAGUUUCAGAUGGAAAACUGACACGUAUCGCCUGCCUGUGUGAACAAGGCCGUCAGCAACCUCUCUUUUUACAGUAUUGUUUGUCAGGCAGGUGCAUUUCUAAUUCUUAUUAGGCAGGUGCACUCCUUGUUCUCAUCAGGCAGGUGCACAUCUAGUUCUUAUCUUUUCAAUGGCCGCCGCCAUAACCAGCUAGGUGUUCAGCCCAAUCCGAUCCUUGACAAUGUCUCGACCGCGUACUCGCAAAUUAUGGUGUGCUGUCCCUGGCAACCUUAUGCAGCCAUUCUCUAUAGAGUGUGUUGCAGACCAAGACGAUAUUGAAACACUCAUGAAGAAGAUAUGGGAAGAGAUAAAAGAAAGAAUCAAGGAUACUGCACCUCACUACAGCAAUCUCACUCUCUACAGCCCUGUGGUGCAACUCAAUCAUGAAGAGGAGUUUAGGAUUGAUAAUGGUGAAUUCCUACAUCCACGCCGAAUGAUUACAUCACUCUUCCCCGAAAGCAAGGAUUCAGAUGUGGAUAUCGUUGUUGUUGUGAGCGGGGAUACCACUACACGGAAACAGAAGCGCUCUGAACCACAAAGUGCGAAUAUACAUUGGACAAAUCCCAUCACAGAGAAUCUAUUGAUAUGCCCUCGAGAGCGUACAGUAUCAAAACUUGCGAUCAUUCUGGAUGAAGUGAACAUAGUCCAUGUGCGUGGAACACCAGCCAGUGGCAAAACAUGUCUCCCGGAACUUUUGAGAGACCACUAUCUUAAAGAAGGAAGAAAGGUUUCUUUGAUCAAGAAAUGGGAAACACUUCAUUACAAGAAUCCUUGGAGCAGUCUUAUCGAGCUUGUUGAAAAAUGGAAUGAGGGACUGGAAGGUGCCCCCAUCACUAAUUCCACCAUGACUUCAUUGCAACCAGAACAAGAUUUCUCUUGGGUUUUGACAUCGAACACUGUGGUUCUUGUGGAUGAGGCACAGGUGGCCUACAAUGAUACUGCACUCUGGAACACAAUCACCAAAGAAAAACGAAGUCUUACCUGUUUAUAUAAUUUUCGACUAUGUCUUUUCUGCUCUUAUGGCAGCCCGAGAACAGGCCCAGAUCAAACAUUCUUCACUCCAGUUACCCUUUUUGAUGGACAACGUAUCUCAUUGACACCGCAAAACCAGUCACGCUCACCAAAUAUUGGUCUAUUCUAUGACAAAGAAGAGUUCAAGGAUGUUGAUUCACGGUUACUUACAUACAAAUAUUCAGAAAGGUUCACUUUUGAUGAAGAUGCCCAAGACUACAUAUUUGCAUUGACAAACGGCCAUCCAGGAGUGGUGGAAUCCAUAGUCAAUGUACUUUUCCAGGUCUAUCGCCAUGACAUCAAGCAUAGGCAUAAUAGGACCCUCACAGAAGAUCAUGUCAUCUGGUUUCUGGAGGAUACCGCUACAGUCUUUCAAAAUCUUAGCAAAGAGUCAGUUAAUCACUCUUUUCCAGUUAUAGAGAGAUGCACAAGUGGAAUUUCAAACAUAUUGAACACAAUUACAGAAGAUGGAAAUAUUCUAUUUGAUCUCAAUGAUGCAGACAUCAGGUUCUGUUAUCAGAAUGGUUGGAUUCACAGGGUAGCCCUAGAUGGUGAAAAUAUUGCAGUUCUGCCAUCGCGCUUACAUGAAAAGUAAUUCUUCUCAUAUGCCCCUAUUGUUUUGAACUGACCAUAUUAGGUACAUUGAAUACUCGAUUGGCACAAUGUCAAAACCCCUGCCUGCCAGAUUCGACUCGCUACAGAAAUCAUGCAAAGAGAUUCUCUGCAAAUUCUCCAUCAUGAACUUGAGGCACUCAGUUGAGGGCAAAAAAAUGUCAACUGCAUCACAACCCAGACCUAUGGAAGCCCAGUAUCAAGCUGAAUUCUACAGGGGGUUUGUCCAUACAGCAGGGCGAGGUGGACCGAUAUCCACUGAAUGGUCAAGAACCAAGGAUGGUCGAGUGGAUUUCUAUAUCCCAGAAAAGAAAUGGGCCAUUGAAUUGUUGAUAGAUCAUUUUGAAGUCAAUGAACAUAUCUCUCGAUUCAAGGACGGUGG